GUGGAACUUGUGAGAAUGUAUAAAAAGACGGUUGAAACAGUUCAAUUGGAUUCCAACGAUUUCGCGUUUAAAGGUCAGAAGAUACAAGGAUCUACAGACAUGUUCAAGUGCGCGUUUAUUUUGAUCUCGCUGGCUAUGCUGCACGCGAACUGCUUGGAAUACACCCUGGAGGAGUGCAAGUGCGGAGAGGGUUACAAAGCGGAGAAGAACGAAGGCGGAAAAGUGGAGUGUCUGGGAGUGAUGGUAGCACACGCCAAACCAUGCAACCUGCCGGAGGUGCCAAAGUGCGUCUGCUCCGAAGAGGUCUCGGCCAUCCUCACCGAUGCCGAAGGUAGCUGGUGCACCAACGGAAAGGGUGACUCUAAGAAGAAGUGGGCUUGCGAGAACAAGGCCGACUGGGACGAGUACAAGUUGAAGUACGACGAGUACGAGAAGACCUUGAAGUUGUAAGACUCAUUCUCUUCCUCCUCCUCCACCACCACCUCUACUAUUUUUAUAUUUUGACGUAAGAUUAUUUAUAAUAAACAACAUUCCAAACGACUCUUUUUUUGCACACUCAAACACAACCCAACAAUAG